CAAAGUUACAGAUUCUUUUGCUUUGUUACAGAGCUUCAAUGCAAAGCAAAGCAUGGGGACAUCCUGUGCAAAGGUCACCUGCAAAUGAUCUUCAGCAAUUCUCAUUUGUCCCAACCCCCAUGUGCGUUUGACUGGGAUUGCACCCAGGGAAAGAUGUUCCUCCACUCUGUUAAGUAGUACUGGCAAUUCCUCUCUGAGGCCUUCUAUGUGAAUGGGGUAGUAUCAGAGGAAUGGGUGGUACAUUUUGCCCUCUCCUACAUGUCCAAGGACUUGGCAGCCUCCAGGUCAGAACACUUGUAAGAACACUCUCUCUUCCCGUUCCCUAUCUGGUCCUCCUUCAUUGCCAAAUUCAAGCUCUGGUUUGUCAAGGAGAAUGAGCAAGACCAUGCCCUAGCAUGACUGGAGACCCAUGCCUACUACAUGGGCUUCCACAAUGUCUUCAAGUACUCGAACAAGUGCGACAACCUUCUUGACCUAGUAGGGUACUCUGACA